AUGUCGCCGCCACCCGAUGCCGAAGCUCUCCGUCGUCGCCCCGUCCCCGACCACCUCCACGACGGCUACCCCGAGCUCCGGCGACUCCCAGACUCCUCCUCGCGCACGCUUUUGCACACCUACAGGCCCGGUGAGGCCCCCUCCUACGUGCCCCUUCCCCUCGCUGUAGACGUCGUGCGCCACACUCGCCCACGAUGUCGCGCGCUACUGCCCCCUUUGCUGCUGCUGCUCUGCCGCUGCGCACGCGCGAGCUCUUCCUGGCCGCCUCGUUGCCGCAGUCGCCCGCCGCGCUGCUCGCCGCCCAUCCCCGCGCGCGCUCUUACCUACGCCCCGUGCCCGCGCUGCCUGCUGCUCGCCGCCCUCGGUUGCACCGCGCGCUCGCCACCGCCUGCUGCGGCGCCCCACCGCAAUGGCCGCGCCCGCAGCCGCACCAUCGCCGACGCCGCUGUCCACUGCCCCGCUGCCGUGCCGCACCGCCCGCGUGCCUGUCGUCGCCCGCACUGCUUGCCGCUGCGCGCCGCCCCGUCCUCCCCGUGCCGGCCACGCCCGGCCCGGCCCCGCGGUGCUGCCCUCGCUCGCCCUGGCCCCUGCCGCUGCUCGCUCCCUUGCUGGACAUGUUGCUUCGCUGCUGCGGCCCCGCACGCGCUCGUCGAAGCCCCCGCGUCCGCCACCCCAUUCUGCCGCGCUCGUCGUGAACGCCUUCCGCCCCUGGCCGCCCCGCUGGCCGCUGGCGCCCUGCCUCCCCGCGGCUGCCCCAUGCGCAUGCCCUGCUCGCCGCCCGUCUCGUGCCGCUCACUGCCUCCAGUCACCGCGGCCCUCCCCCGCCUCGCCGAGGCCACGGCCUCACCCCGCCCCGGGCAGGCAUCGGCCUCCUUGGGCGCCCACGCCCAUCGCCCAGUAAACCCGCCCCGCUAG